UAAUUACAAAGUAUUUGAAUACUGAAAAGUGUUUACAAAAUCGAAUACUGCUCAGCUCUGAACUCGGAUAUUUCUGCGGGAAAUUCUUACAGUCUUUUUGUAACACCCGGUAUAUCUUCUCCAUGUUUACUUCAAGAUGUCUAUGGGUAAGUUGGGUCUAUGGUUUCUUUGACAAGUAAAUUUGGCAACCUAGCAAUUGUAAAACAAAAUGGCACGUGUGUGCCGCAGAUGUUAUGGUCCUGUUUAAAUAUUUACAAUUAUAAAUUAUUCAUAACAAUUACAAGAAAGAGGCUUAUUGAAAAAUGAGACAUUUAAUUCCAGUUCCGAAAGGAAUGAAGAAUCUCAUGACUUACAUCUUACCGAAAAUUCUAAUUCUAGUCCAACUUAUGACAAUACAAAUGAUAUUGAUACCGUAAAUUUAAGUACAAAUCUCAACAACGAAUCCUCAAUCGCAAAUAAAAUGUUAUCUUCUCAAAACGCCACCGACUCUCACCCGCUUAUGUAUUCACCUACUUCACCGAUAUCCACCGAUUACCCAGAUCUUAUACCGGAGCAGGCAAAGCACAGAAACUACCAUAACUACGAAACUACUGUGGAGAAUUACGAUCCCAAUGCUUUACCAGAUUGUCCGCCAAGUCCUUCCGCCAUUACGAUUAGACGAAUUAAAAAUGAAGCUCAACAAGAAUUUACCGUCGCCGCCGAUUUGAGCGACAAUGAAAAUGACAAUUCCGUCUACGAAGCCCGUUUAAGCUCGAAUUUACAAAAUGUUUCUUUAACAAUGAACGAAAAGGAGGGCAACUUAAAUUUCUUGGCGCACGGCCGUCGUAGUAAUAAACUGAAGCUCAUCAAAGUUAUACCCGUCAGUGGCGAUGAUAGUGACGUUUCGAGUAUCGACAGUAUUACAGAUAGUCUGAAAUCGGAAGACAUCCAAAGUUUACAGAACGAUUGCGCGUCUGAGCCCAUCGAACCUUUAACUGCAAGUGAAGAGAAGCAACAAGUUAGGCAUUUCCAAUGCAUGUCCUUGCCGGACGGGGAACAACGUAGUAUCGAUAUGAGAGUAAUUGAACCUUACAAGCGAGUGUUGUCGCACGGUGGUUAUUUAAGGACCGGUGGUCACACUGCUAUUGUCGUGUUUUCGUCGUGCUUUCUACCGGACCGGUCCCGUGUCGAUUAUGAUUAUGUAAUGGACAACUUGUUCUUAUACGUUUUGUGGACAUUGGAUCGUUUGGUAACCGAUGACUACGUAUUGACCUAUCUACAUGGAGGAGCAACUCGUCUUCCGUCAUUCAGCUGGCUUAAACGCUGUUAUCAUAUGAUUGGUAGGAAAUUGAGGAAGAAUCUUCUCCACUUAUACCUAGUUCAUCCGACUUUAUGGAUUAAAACCAUGCUUUUUAUGGCUAAGCCAUUCAUUAGUUCCAAGUUUUAUAGAAAAAUUACUUAUGUGGGGAAUUUAAAAGAGCUGUAUAUUAGAAUUCCCCCAUUAGAGUGUAAUGCAAUUCCGGAUAAAGUUAAGGCUUACGAUAGCUUUCAUUAUGGUUCCUAGUGAUUUUUGUGCACAACACUCACCGCCGCCGUCAUCCCAGUGCUUCUUGUUUUCGUUUGAAUACGUCGAGUUUAGUUAAGAUUAUUAUGUUGUGUAGUCAGUCUCUCGAAUUGUGGUAUAGUAAUGCAAUGAGUACGUUUACAGACUUUUUUUAUACUUGCAUGUUCAUUUUGUGGUCGUUACUAUAACAUUCCUUAUUUAUUAUGUGGUAUGUAGGAAAAGUAUUAGCAAUAUAUAUAUAUUUUAGUAUUUGUAAAGCAA